UCCCUUAACCAAGCCAAUUCUUCAUCUUCCAUGCAGUCGUUGUAUCAGAAUACCAACGCCAAUAAUGCCGUUAACAAUGCCACCAAUAGUAACAAUCACACAUCCUCCUCAACCUCCACUAAUACCACAAACACUACACAAUUACGCAAACAUCCUUCACAACAAUCGUUGGAGGAGGAACUACCUUUGCCACCCGGCUGGGCUACUCACUACACUUUACACGGACGUAAAUAUUAUGUUGAUCAUAAUGCCCAUACAACCCAUUGGUCUCAUCCUUUGGAACGUGAAGGCCUACCAGUAGGUUGGCGUACUGUCGUCUCUAAAGUUCAUGGUACCUACUAUGAGAAUCAAUAUACCGGACAGUGCCAACGCCAACAUCCUUGCCUAACUUCAUAUUAUGUUUAUACCACCUCGGCUGAGCCGCCAAAGGCCAUAUGCCCAGAAACCUAUUCGCCACCAACACACACUCACAAUGCCCUGGUGCCGGCCAAUCCAUAUUUACUAGAGGAAAUACCCAAAUGGUUGGCUGUUUAUUCGGAAGCUGAUUCUUCCAAGGAUCAUAUGCUACAGUUUAAUAUGUUUAGUUUGCAAGAAUUGGAGUGUUUUGAUGGUAUGUUGGUGCGUUUGUUUAAACAGGAGUUGGGCACGAUUGUUGGAUUUUAUGAGCGUUAUAGGCGAGCUCUAAUUUUGGAAAAGAAUCGUCGUGCCGAACAAGAACGUUACUUGCAAGAAUUGCAUGCUGCCGCAGUUGCCAAUGCUAACAAUGCCAACAAUAACUUGAAUCCUAAUACAGGUGUUGUUAAUCAUAUAAGUCAACAGCAACUUUAAAAAUAAUAAUUAAAUUACAUACAUAAAUACAUACAUUGUAUGUACAUAUAUACAUAUUUACAUUAAAAAACCAACAAAACACAUCCUCGCUCAUUUGCAGACUUGUUUAUAAUUUUAUUUAAAUAUAUAUUUUUUUUAAUUUUUAUUAUUUAUUUAUAGUUUAUUGAGUUAUUUUUUAUGAAAUAUUUUUUGAGCUGCUUUUUAGGCUUUAUUAUUAAUAAAAAUAAAUUUAUUAAUUAAAUAAAACAAAUUUGUUUUAUUUUUUACAAAUAAAUUUAAAACUUAUUAAUAAAAAGCACAAGUUUAUUUUAAUAAAAGUCUUAAGCCUGGUGCCUUAACUGCAAACAAAAGAAACAUAUUUUUAAAUUGUGUGUAAAAUUAAUUACGAAUUUUAAAUUGUAUUUAUAAUUAUCGUUGUUUAAAAAACUAUUUUCUAUUUUAUUUAUUUUAUUUUAUAAAAAAUACCCAACA